AUGUAUCAAGCUAAGCUACAAGAGGAAAAUGGGGAAGAAUUUGGGAAAACGACCUGCACAUCUGAGGUCCAGGCAGCGUUUAUUCUCUCCUCCUUUGUGACCUUCUUCAGUGGACUCAUCAUUUUAUUCCUGUGCAGAUUACUCUGGAGAAUCAUAAAAAAAGGGGGAAACUUCCAGGGAACCGGAUUUGUCUUGGAUUUCCUCUCAUCGGGUAGCUUUCACAGCAGUACUUUAAGAAGGCUUUAUUUUUAUGGAGUAUUCCGUGAUCGUAUAGAAAUGUUGCUUUCAGCACAGACCUUUGUGGGGCAAGUGCUGGUGAUUCUUGUGUUUGUACUAAGCAUCGGGUCUCUUAUAAUCUAUUUCAUCAAUUCUACUGACCCUGUUGGAAGCUGUUCUUCAUAUGAAGACAAAACAAUCCCUGUGGAUUUGAUUUUCAAUGCUUUCUUCAGUUUCUAUUUUGGGUUGAGAUUUUUGGCAGCUGAUGACAAGAUCAAGUUCUGGUUGGAGAUGAAUUCCAUUGUAGACAUUUUCACCAUCCCACCAACAUUUAUUUCUUAUUACUUGAAGAGUAAUUGGCUAGGUUUAAGGUUUCUAAGAGCUUUGCGGCUUCUGGAACUCCCUCGAAUCUUGCAAAUUCUACAAGCCAUCAAGACAAGUAAUUCAGUGAAGUUUUCCAAACUGUUAUCAAUAGCUCUCAGUACCUGGUUCACGGCUGCAGGAUUCAUUCACCUGGUGGAAAAUUUUGGUGAUCCCUGGCUCAAAGGUAGAAAUUCACAAAAUAUAACAUAUUUUGAGUCCAUUUACCUGGUCAUGGCAACAACGUCAACCGUCGGCUUUGGAGAUGUGGUAGCCAAGACAUCCCUAGGACGGACCUUUAUCAUGUUCUUCACCCUGGGGAGUUUGAUAUUAUUUGCGAACUAUAUCCCUGAAAUGGUGGAACUUUUUGCUAACAAAAGGAAAUACACCAGUUCCUAUGAAGUUGUCAAAGGGAAGAAGUUCAUUGUAGUCUGUGGAAACAUCACUGUAGACAGUGUGACCGCUUUCCUGAGGAAUUUUCUACGUCACAGGUCAGGGGAAAUCAACACUGAGAUUGUUUUUCUGGGAGAGGUCACUCCUUCUUUGGAAUUGGAGACUAUAUUUAAAUGCAACUUGGCCUAUACAACUUUUAUCUCUGGGUCUGCACUGAAGUGGGAGGAUCUGAGGCGAGUUGCGGUGGAGUCUGCGGAAGCAUGCCUGAUUAUAGCCAACCCCUUGUGCAGUGAUUUACAUGCUGAAGACACUUCAAAUAUUAUGAGGGUGCUCUCUAUCAAAAACUAUUACCCAAAGACUAGAGUCAUCAUACAAAUCCUUCAGUCCCAUAACAAGGAUUUCCUGCCAAAGAUUCCCAGCUGGAACUGGAGUACUGGAGACAACAUCAUCUGUUUUGCUGAGUUAAAGCUUGGAUUUAUGGCUCAAGGCUGUCUGGUGCCAGGCUUGUGUACCUUUCUAACGUCUUUAUUUGUUGAGCAAAACAAAAAGAUUUCUCCUAAACAGACCUGGCAAAAAUAUUUCUUGAAUAGCCUGAAGAACAAAAUCCUGACUCAACGUCUCUCUGAUGACUUUGCUGGAAUGAGUUUUCCAGAGGUUUCCCGGCUCUGCUUUGUGAAGAUGAACCUUAUGCUGAUAGCCAUCGAAUACAAGUCCCUCUUUCAGAGUGGUUACUGUGGUCUGAUACUAAAUCCACCUGCACAAAUUAAGCUAAGGAAGAAUACAUUAGGAUUCUUUAUUGCUGAAUCGCCAAAAGAAGUCAAAAGAGCCUUAUUUUACUGUGCCACCUGUCACAGUGAUGUGUAUAAUCCUGAGCUAAUUGAAAAAUGUGACUGCAAAAGUAAGAGCCGACAUCACCUCUCAGACCAAGGACUCUUCAUCAUAGGAGUAGGGGGAGGGUGGAGAUUAAAAGAAAUUGAAAAAAAGCUGAAGAAAGUAACAAGAAGGACUCUUCUAGGCAAUACAGAACAAGAACCUGACAAACUUGAUGGCUCGGGCAUGUUUCACUGGUGCAAAGCAGUCCCCUUGGAAAUGGUAACUUUGAAACGAUCUGAAAAGUCAAAACAUGAUUUUCGGAACCACAUCAUAGCGUGCAUAUUUGGAGAUGCCCACACAGCCCUGAUGGGGCUUCGGAACUUUGUGAUGCCCCUAAGAGCUAGCAACUAUACCCGGCAGGAGCUGAAAGACAUUGUGUUCCUUGGGUCUCUGGAUUACAUGCAAAAAGAAUGGCGAUUUCUCCGGAAUUUCCCCCAGAUAUAUAUUCUGCCUGGAUCUGCACUCUAUCCUGCAGACCUACAGGCACUCAACAUAGAGAAAUGUUCCAUGUGUGCUAUCUUAGCACCCUCAUCUAAGCCAUCAAGCAGCCAGACUCUGGUAGACACAGAGACCAUCAUGGCCACUCUCAAUAUCGGAUCACUGCGGAUUGUCACCUCUACUGAGAAACAUUCAACAAAAGAAGUGUGUUUGCUUGACUUCAGAGACUAUUGUGGGAAAUCAAAAUACCGACGAAUCCCCACCCUCACUGAACUGAAAAAUCCUUCCAACAUCCACUUUAUUGAGCAGAUUGAUGGACUAGAAGGGAACUUCACGGGAACAAGCCUGCAUCUGAGCGCUUCCUUUUCCACAGGCGCUGUCUUCUCUGGCAACUUCUUGGAUUCCCUCCUGGCCACAGCCUUCUACAACUACCAUGUCCUGGAAUUACUUCAGAUGCUGGUGACAGGAGGAGUAAGCUCUCAGAUGGAACAACAUUUGGAUAAGGAGAAGUUCACUGGGUUGACCGACAGCUACUCUACGUAUUCGUCUGGAAGAAUGCGGUGUAAACUGGGGCUUCUGUCCUUAGAGCAAACGAUUUUAUCAGACAUUCAACCAAGAACCACCUUUGGACAACUAUUCUGUGGCUCAUUAUAUUGUCUUGGAAUCUUAUGUGUUGGCUUAUACCGCAUGAUAGAUGAAGAGGCGCGCAACCCAGAACAUAAAAGGGGAGUGUUUGUGAUUACCCGACCAGCCAAUGACCUUAAUUUGCUGCCUUCAGACCUUGUGUUUUGUGCCAUCCCUUUCAGCACUGUCUGUGAAAAAAAGGAUGGUGAUUCAUUUCAACCAAUACAUGAAGUUGAAAAUAUCGUAUCAAGAGAAUCAUCGAUGAAUGCAAACCUAAGUUAUCCUACUGCGGUUGACCCAGUGAGUGAGAGUACGCCACAGAAAUUGUUUAGUUCAGUCCAAUCUAUGGAGGUAAAACCUUCUUUCUUUUCUGAAACUCAAUAAGCAACGCCUAGUUUGAGUUUUAGGCUCUCAACCGACGCAAAGGCAAAUGAAAAUGUGAAAGAAA